AUGGGCGACUACGGGAACGCGAUGAUGCGGAACCAGGACGCGGGCGUGCAGUCCCGCGUGAAGGCGCAGAGCCGCGCCAACCUCCUCCAGCUCAAGCUCAUCGGGCAGAGCCAUCCGACGGGGCUGACGACGAACCUGCUGAAGCUGUUCGAGCCACGGCCACCGCUCGAGCACAAGCCGCCGCUCGAGAAGCGCAAGUUGCCGGCUUACUCUGGAAUGUCGCAGUUUGUAUCGAGGUUCGCAGAGCCUGGUGACCCCGAGUAUGCUCCGCCUGUCCCCACAUGCGAGACUAGGGCUGAAAAGAAGGAUAGAAUCCGUCAACUUAAGCUUGAGGAAGGUGCAGCUAAGGUUGCUGAAGAGCUCCAGAAGUAUGACCCACAAAAUGACCCCAAUGUCACUGGAGAUCCAUACAAAACACUCUUUGUUGCACGACUUGGCUACGAGACAUCCGAGCAGAAGGUUAAAAGGGACUUUGAAGCUUAUGGGCCUAUUAAAAGGGUACGGCUCGUAACCGACAAGGUAACAAAUAAACCUAGAGGAUAUGCAUUCGUAGAGUAUGCACACACUCGGGACAUGAAAAGUGCUUAUAAGCAAGCUGAUGGGAGAAAAGUGGAUAACAAAAGGGUGCUUGUUGACGUAGAGCGUGGUAGAACUGUUCCAAAUUGGCGUCCUAGGAGAUUGGGUGGUGGACUUGGAUCAAGCAGGAUUGGUGGUGAAGAUGCUGCCCAGAAGCAUUCUGCUAGAGAGCAACAGAACGCUGCUGGGCGACCCAGAUCAGAAGAGCCUAGGAGGGAUGAUCGUCCUGCAGAUCGGGAUCGUGAGAAAUCUCGUGAUAGGGUACGGGAAAGAGAUCGUGACGAGAAAACUCGUGAACGCUCACAUGACAGGACCCGUGAUCGUGAUCCAAGGGAAGAUAGGCACCACCAUAGAGAUCGUGAGAGAACUCGUGAUAGGGACCGAGAACGGGACCAGGAGAGAGACCGUGGGCGUGACCGGCGUGAUAGGGAUAGGCACAAGGAUCAUGGCCGGGAUAGAGACCAGGAUAGAGACAGGAAACGUGAGCGCUCUCAUGGCAGGGGCAGAGACCGUGACAGAGAUUACGAGCGUGCAAGUCACGAACAGGACCCUGGCAGGGACCGAGAUUACAAGCGUGCGCGCCAUGAACAUGAUCGUGGUCACUUGCAGGAGAGUGAUGCUGAUUAUGGUAAUGGUGAGCUUGGCUAUAACCAGCAUGAGCACCACAGAAGUCACGAACAGUAUGGUUAUGGCCUAGAUGGACAUGAGCGCUCAAAGCGACAUGAGCAUUACCGGGAUGAUCCACACAGUAAAAUGGCAACCAACCAUCAGGGACAACCUGAAAAUGCAGAACCUGCAGUCCCUGAGGAAGGGGAGGCAUAUGAAGAAGGGGACUACCAGCAUAUCCAAGCGAGUGAAUACAGGAAUUAA